ACGUAUCGCAGAAAAUCCGAAUUGUCUAUUUUACAGUGAAUUCUGGUCGUCGCGGUGAGAUUUUGGAAUAUAAUUCGUCUAAAUGGCUUUAAAUCCACAGUACGAUGCAAUUGGAAAAGGUUUCGUACAACAAUAUUACACACUAUUCGAUGAUCCGGCAUCGCGACCAAAUCUGGCGGCUAUGUACAACGUGGAGACAUCAUUUAUGACCUUUGAGGGUGUACAACUGCAAGGAUCCUUGAAGAUUAUGGAAAAAUUAAAUAGUUUGUCGUUCCAGAAGAUACAUAGGAUAAUAACUGCAGUAGACUCGCAACCAAUGUUUGACGGUGGAGUUCUAAUCAAUGUAUUGGGAAGAUUGAAGUGUGACGACGACCCGCCACAUUCAUACAUGCAGACAUUUGUGCUAAAGCCCCUUGGAGACGCAUUUUUUGUCCAACACGACAUCUUCCGCCUUAGUAUUCACGAAUCUGCGUAAUUUCAGUUUUAAAUAUAAUCCCAUCCCAUUUUAAAACGACGAACAAGACCGUACUGCAGGAUAAAUUGUAUGAUCAUCGCUCUAUUGAAAAAGCAUUCUUGUUUUGGUUAUCUAGGUAUAAGUAACUAAUAAUAUC